UGGAUUUGGAAGUAAAUGUUGGCACCAGAGGCUAAACUUCCCAGCGUGUCUAUUCUAUAAUUGGUCUAAGAUGUAAACAAAACAUACAAUUUUUAGGUUAGAAAUUACAAAUGAACAAUGAAGGUCUUUCUUUAUUUUGAGUUUGAUUACAUUUAUUAUUGCUUUUUACAAUGUUCAUGUUGAACUUCAAAAACGUAGCCUGCUUUGUAAUAGAAUAGCUUUAAAUUUAUAGGUUAAUAAUUUUUACCAACGGUAUGUUAAAGAAUGUGCCUUUUUUCUUUACAUUUAGAAAGCGGUUUAUUAGGUCGCGACUUCAAUUCUGGUUGUUUCUUGGUCUUAUAACACUCUUAUUACAAUUAAUCAUCUAUUUGAUUAUUUUGUAUUCUAUGAAUGAUGAGUUUCAAUGGAAUUGGUAUUCACAAAACCUUAAUUUUACCGAUCCUGUGGAUGAUUUGGAUAUAGUGAAACAAGUACUAUCUGAUCACGGUUAUUCAAUCUACGUAACUGACAGAGAUUUGCUUCAAAAUAUUUUUCAAGAUGUGUCGAAGAAAAAUCAGAAAUGUUCAAUUUGUAAAUAUAUUGACUCUAGAACUUUGGAAUUAGCUGUCAGUAAAGAUAUUGAACAUGAGGUUUUUGAAGCGUUCAAACGUAUAGGAUUUCACUCUGUAGCUUUUGGCUGCACAAAAAAUACUGAAGAUCUGAAAGGAGAAAUAACAACAGCGUACUUGAUCAAACGCCAUUAUUCCUUUUUAAUUGUUGUCUUUCGUAAAAGAGAGAGUAAUACUUGGUGGUUCGGUCACAUGAAAAAUGACGUCAAUCACAGUGAAAAACUCACAUCGAUAGGAGUUCCCUAUUCGAAUAUCGAACACACUCUAUUCGCACAUAGCGAAGGUCUCAUUGAAAAGUUCAAAGCAUCGUGGAAAUUGCUGCCUGGCACGCACUUGGACUUUCUGUUGCCGGUGAAUAUAAGUGCGUUCCUGUUGGACAGCUCGAGGUGUCGCUUCGUGGAGUGCAACGAGGAGCGCGCAGAUCGGUUCAAUCGCACCUAUGGCCGGCUGCAGACCAAAUCGGCGCACCGAUUCCGGCACAAGGCUUUCAAACUAUUGAGCAAAGCCAAAGCAGUUCUCGACUCGCUCAACAUUGAAUUCUGGUUGAAUAGUGGAACCUUACUUGGCUAUGCUAGAGAAUGUGACAUAAUCGCGCACAGCAGAGAUGUGGAUAUUGGCACAAUGGCAAGCUCCUACUCGGACAGAAUAGAGCCGGCCAUGAAUGCGCGCGGACUGAGUCUGAUGCUGCGACUGGGUCGACCCAACGACUCGCUCGAACUCUCAUUCAGCGACCAAUCCGCCAUCAAACUCGAUAUAUUCUUCUUCUAUAAGGAUUCCGAUGGAACAUAUUGGAAUGGGGGAACCCAGGUUAAAUCUGGACGAAAAUUCAAGUACAGUUUCCCACCCUUCGCGCUUUGCUGGACGUUGUUCAAGAGCCUGAAAGUGAAAGUGCCAUGUGAUACAGAAAAGUUUGUAGAAGCCAAUUACGGUGCCGAUUGGUUUACUCCAGUGACAAAAUGGGACUGGAAAUCGAGUCCUUUCAACGUCCAACCGAACGGCCAGUGGCCGGCCACCGAAUGGCCACAAGUCAUUCAAGUCUUCCAAUCACUCGCCUAAUGCAUCAUCUCGGUUUAAACGGAGAUAGAUCAGCUGUUGGUUUCAACCCGGAAUGAAACAUCAUAAUAAACGCGAUCAUACAUUCAUCAUGUAGGCCCUACUCGUAGAACAGCGUUAAACGUAGAUGGUUACUACCUCCGUAGUUUACGGAGGUAGUGGGAUGUUGCAUCGUCACAGCUAUAACUUUUAACUUUUAUAACUAUUUCCCCAACACAUAUCUUUUCCAUACAGAAAUCUUUAAUUAAUUGUAGGUAAGAAUAAUAACUUGUAAGAUGUUUUCACAAAAGUUCUCAAUAACAAGCUUCAACAUAAUUUCUAUGUAUUGUAUACUUGCUCUCAUAUUGUUGAACAUAGUUGAGAAGUUUGAUCGUACUGCCAACACCAAUAAUAAUUUAGCAUAUAAUAAUAUAAUUAUCAUAAAUGAUGCUCCUAAAAUUGCAUUCUUAACACAUGAUUAAACAUACAAUGGAUAAUACAGUGAUAUAUAUUAAAUUCUACAGUAAUUAAUAAUAAUUAAUAAGCGAUAAAAAUUACUGUAUUAUAACAAUUAUUAUAGUUAUUGCUGAACAGUUUCUUCCUACUUCGAUUAUUACAAUGCAUAAAUACACGUAUAUUGCUGAAUAAAUUCCCAUUUACUGUAAAAUGGCUUCAAAAGAUUCAAAUAUAAUCAAUCAUAUUUUAUUUUAAUCAAGGAGAUUGAAUAGUUGUUAUAAAUAUUACGAAACAGCAAAAAUGUAGUUCUUAUAGGAGAAAUCUAGUCAUUUUUUAUGUUACUGAUCUCGUUCAAAUGUUGAUCACUUGAAAUGAAAUCAUGCCUUGAUGCUAGUUGCCUUGGAUUGAAUAGUUUGUAGUUUAUUCCAAUUUAUAGGCUAAUUUAUCUUUGAUUGAAUAAUAAAUCUAUUACUAACUGUGCAUUUCUUUCAUUCUCAUUAUUCUAACAUAUAAUAUUUGAAGACACUAUCACAACAGAUCAAUUUCAUUUUCUCAUAUCAACUAUUAGUUGAUAUCAAUGUAAUUAGAAUAUAGGUUUUGUAUUCUAGGUUCCUUGGUUGAUAAUAUUUAGUUGAACAGUAAAAAAUUAUUCUUCAGUUAUUAUAUAUAUGUAUGUUUUGUCUGCUGAAAGCUUUAUGUGAAACGAUCAGAAAAGAGCAUUCGGGUAAUGAAAUCACAAUUGAAAAUUGUUAUUCAUCUUCUUUUGAAAAGAAAGCAAUGUGAAGGAAUUAGUAAUAUGACUGAUCCAGCAAAUCAGCAAUUCAGAGUUACAUUUCAAUUACUGUUAUCAACAGUAAUCAUUGCAUGAAUGAGAAUUUUCGCGAAUGAAUGAAUUAGUUUGAUAGAAAUAUGCUUAUUUAAUAAGUACUUAAUAAAUACUUAAUCUUAUUUAAUAAGUGGAUCUUCUACAUGACAAUUGAAAUCUAUGAAAAAUGUUAGGUAAUACAAAAUUGAUGGUAAUCAGGAAAUUCUAAUUAGAAGUGUCAGUGUUGAAUUGGUGAUGACAGGUAGUGAAGGCUACUACCAACGCCGGUUUCCACUGUUGAUUGGCUGGCUAAGGACCCUGAUCCUCUACUGUCUCCAGAAUUCUCGUUCCUGUAAAAAGUUUCAGUUAUCGAAUGAACCAAGUUUUUAUACAGCUUUCAAAACGCUUAAAUUAAAUUUUAGUCAGAGAGCUCAAUGUAUUCUCUUGAUUAUCCUGUCCAUAUAUAUUUAGGAUAAAAAAAUAUAUUUUAUAUGCAUUUUUUAGGGUUUUCAUUUAGCGUACGUUGAAUAAAAAUUGAUAAUCUUUUUCGGAUGCAAUAGGAAAUUGAUUUUUAUAUUGCUGAAUGUUUAAGAGCUUGAAUAUUUAUUCUAGAAAGUUAAGUUUAGCCAAUAAAUAGUACACUAGUGAAAAAUAGUGUUAUUUUGUGAGGCAUCAUCUUGCUGAAAUUUCAGUUGGAGGUGAUAUAAACUAAAUGAUGAUAUUCUAUUUUAAGAGACCAGACAUUUUAUUAGAAUGUGAACCCAAUUUUUAAUAUUCCAUUAGAAUGAUGGUCCUUCAUUAGUCGAUAUUCAGCUUCAUUAGUCGAUGUGAGCUUCGUUUGAUUCACGAAAUUUUCAAAUGUAGAAUGUUUUUUCAAUAAAAAUAGAAUCAACUUUUCUGAAUCUUAUUUACAUAUUUAUUUAUUGGAUAGAGCAAACAAUACGAUAGUCAGAAAAGAAGCAACAGGCUAUUACUCAAAACUUGUUAAUUUCUUAAUUUUGUCUCAAAUCGUCCAAAUAUUAUGUAGGCUAUGUUCAUAUUAAUUUCUACACCAAAUAAUUAAUCUAGAAAUUAAAAAAAAAAAAACAAUUUCAAAGUUGAUAGGUUGAUAAUAAAACUUUUAAAAAACAGUAAACAAACUUCAAGUUCACAGAAUAUAGAAUAAAAGCAGAUCAAUAUUGAGCCCGAAAAUAUCACUACAGUAAUAUUUAUCCUGAGUUUUAACUCAUUUUUUGGGAAAUUGUAUGAUAGAUUUGAGUAGUUGGAGACCAACUAAUAGGCGUACCUUGGAGGAACAGGAGGCGCUACAAGUGGAGAUGGGUAGGAAAAUUCUUCUCCAGAAUCGAACUCGUCACUCUCGUCAUGUGCCUUUGCCGAGGCUUGCCCCUGCCAUGUGCGAGCCGCUCGCUGUGUUUGCUUGGCGUCAGUGUGGAGGCCGUUGUCCGGCUGAUAGCAUCGAUUGUCCUGGCCUCCCCUUUCACUCAAUACUGUUAUAUCUGUUUGAUGAACAUAAUACUAUCAUCAGUGACUUUGUACCAAGGUACAGUAGAUGUACCGAUAGAUUAUAAAAUUGAUUGAUUGAAUCAUUAAUAGAGUGAAAUGUCUGAAUUAUGAGAACAGAAUUUAUAAGAUCCUUAAAACCUUAAUUUUUAUUAUUUAUAAGUCGCAUGUCGCAUCAUGCUCACUUGCACACAUUAAGGAAAUCAUGGCAUCAAUGACGAAACCAUCCAAUAAAGGGUUUUAUUUAUAACUAGCAGGUAACCCGUGCUCCGCAAGGGUCCAAUUAAAAACUUGACGUAAUAAAAUCUUGAAGAAUUGAAAAUAGG